GCAAGGCCGGAAGUGCGCAGAGAGUGCUCGCGGCAGCGGCGGCGACGGCGGCGGGAGGUUCGGUUGUCGCCCGUUGGCCGCGCGGCCCCGCGCUCGGCGGCCGCCAUUGCAGCUUAUUUUCAGUUGCUUUUUAAAGACGGAAGGCUCAUGGUGCAAAUUGUUGUUUCCAGUGCUGGGGCUGGAGGCCUGGCAGAAUGGGUGCUGAUGGAACUACAGGGGGAGAUCGAGGCUCGCUACAGCACUGGAUUAGCUGGAAACCUCCUGGGAGACCUACAUUACACCACUGAGGGAAUCCCUGUGCUGAUCGUGGGGCAUCACAUCCUGUUUGGGAAAAUCAUCCACCUGGAGAAACCUUUUGCGGUCCUUGUCAAACACACUCCUGGGGAGCGGGACUGUGAUGAGCCAGGUGGCAAGACUGGCACCCGGUACCUGGUGACAGCGCUCAUCAAAAACAAGAUCCUGUUCAAAACUCGCCCCAAGCCCAUUAUCACCAACGUCCCCAAGAAAGUAUGAAAGAACCCCGGAUUUUCCCUAGAGAGCGGCCAACUCCUUGGACUCGUGCUCCACUGCCACCUCGAGGACGGUUCGACAGUUCCCUGGGACCACAGGGGGGUCCUGUUCUAAACACAGGCCACCCACUGAGCAUGAACUCGGAUUCCUUCCUUAUGGCAACUGGUUCUCUUGGUGGAAAUCUGGCCCCGUUUCCAAGGAACCCAUCUCCUUUUCCAACUUCAUCAGGCUCAUUGGCUUCAAAUCCAGCACCUUUCCCUGCUGGUGCUCGUGAUCCAAGCAUGGCUUCUUUUCCAAGAGGGAUGAAUCCCACUGGCACAG